UUUAGGACGACUCCAUUUUGGUUGGCUCGUUGAAGUCUGUCUAUUGUGUUAUCCGUUUGCCAACGCUGGAUCCCAAUAUCUCAGAAUAUCCGGAGAAGUUUUUGAAUUUUCCACAUGCAGUUGGCUUCCCUUCCAAAACUCCAAUGAACAGGAUGCCUUCUGCGGUUGCGAGUGGUGGGUCUCAGCCUCUCCAUAUGCAACCAGUUCACUCAGGCCCGGUGAUAUCAAGUUCUCUAAAUUUGCCAAACACCCUCCCACCUGGAAUGCUCCAUUCGGGUCAUGGUAUCCAAAUGUCUGGUCCUCAUGACCGUGAGCCUGCUACACCAGCUUCAGGUUCUGGACCAAUACCAGGCCAUUAUUUCUCCACUCUUGGUAUGAAUCCUGGUUCCCCUCAUCCUAUCCCAAAUAUGGUCCCACAUGGUCAUCCUAGCCAGUUCCAUCACCAUCCACUACUAUCAUUGAAUCGACUACCGCAUUUGAUAGGUCAACCAGAGCUACGGAUAUUUGAAAUGAAUAAGCGAUUACAACAGCGCAGCGACGACUGUGAUAGUUUGUGGUGGGAGUCAUUUGCUACUGACUUUUUUGAAGAUGACGCAACACUUACUCUUGCCUUUUUGACGGAAGAGGGUCCAAAAAGUUACACAAUCGGGCGAACGCUCAUUCCUCGUUAUUUUCGCAGUAUAUUUGAAAGUGGAUGCGGUGAACUUUAUUACAAUCUUAGAUUGAACCAUGAAUAUUUUCAUCAUCCAAUUUUAACUCUGGAUUCAGAAUCUGCAACGAUGACUAUGACUAUGGUUAGAUCUAUUCCUGUUACGGUUGUUGUGGAAGGUCGAUUAACACUCGAUUUCGCUUUUGAUGAUUUAAUGAGGAUUCGGUCGUGGAUUUUUCUCAUCCGAACUCAUCGUGAAAUGAUAAUGCGCUCAAUGCUUGGCAUUCAAGACCCAGCUUUUUUAGAUCAACUAUCCAAGAACAUUACCAGAUACGGCAUGACAAAUACCACCCUCAAUUUCUUUCGAUUAUGUAUAAUUCUGGAACCAAUGCAAGAACUGAUGUCGCGUCAAAAGGCAUAUAGUCUUACACCCCGUGAUUGCCUUAAAACCACUUUAUUUCAGAAAUGGCAGAGAAUGAUGCCCCAAGAAGCUACACGCCAACCUAGCAAACGACGUAAGCGUAAAGGUAGUUCAGCAACAACUGAAGGUGCAAAUAAUACAAGUCGAACAUCAAAGCGCAAACAGUCACCUAUUCCGCUACAAUCCCAUCAUAUUGCUCAACCUGGGGAUGUGAUGAUUGUUGGUGAACCAACUCUUAUGGGUGGGGAUUUUGGUGAUGAGGAUGAACGUUUGAUAACUCGAUUAGAAAAUACUCAGUAUGAUGCCGUGGCUGCUGCUGCAGCCAAUUCAGGCGUUAUGGCUUCGCAUAUAAAUUCUGGCCCUUUUCCCGGCUCUGGCGAUUCUCCUGCUGGUAUCAUAUCUUCCCCAUUAGGUUUAAGUUCAGGAGGAAACAUGUUAAAUUCUAACCAACCACAGCAACAAAUAAACUCCCUUCAGUUUCGUGCGGGUCCAAUGUCUUCAGGUGGAUCAAAUCAGAGUAUGCCACAUGAAGGUGUUUUUCCCGGUAAUCUUACUUCUUUGCAACAGAAUCAACCAGUUUCUAUGCCUCCUAGUCAAUCGUUUUAUUCAAGUUCAGCGCCAAAUAGAAAUUUGCAUCAUCACUCUCAAAUGAUGGGACAACAAUUUAUGCCAGUAUUUACCAAAGCCCAAAUGUCAGCUUCUAAUAUGCUUAAUAGAGGUGAUCACUAUAUGCCAUCAGGAAAUGGAGAUGCCAUGCAUCAACCAACUCGGUCAAGUAGUGCUUCGUCUUUAGUUGACGGUACAAAUGGUUUGAGUGGGUUCCCUCACUGUGCCUCUCCCAGUCUUCUUCCCUCAAGACCUCCUGCACGUUUCACCCCGCCUUCUCUUCCGAAUGGGUUAAGUUCUUCGGUUGUAUCAUCUCAACAGUCAAGCUUUAUGAUGCCAAAUGAAGUGAUGGGCAGUGGAGGUACGCAAAUGGGACAUGUCUCUGUUCCCGGUACCCCUUUGACUUCUCCACUGACCUCCUCCUCUUUUGCAAUGGAUAUGAUGGAUAAUCAAAAUGUUCUUCAUUCUGCACCCUCAACUUUGAUUUCUACAACUAUCAAGUCAAAUAAUUCUCCUAUGCUGUACAAUUCAAUCGGAACAAGCUGUAGUGGAAAUCAGUCGACUCCAGAGUCUAUAAUGCACCCGACAAUAAGUGGUAUAGGAUGCGAUGUUUCUUCGGCUGUGAUGAAUGAUAAUGAAGAUCUUAAGAUGAUUAAUAAUAAUGGCGCACCCUCACGUCCCACUGCUGCUGAAUCAAUGUGAAUUGAGAUCUCUGGAAGAAAGCAUCACAAUGGAGCUAUACUGCAUUUUACAAAGUGGAUAUAAUUUCCAUUUUUCCACUGGCUAUCAAGCGAAACUAAUUACGAACUUUGCACAAAGAUAAACGAUACUCUACAACUCCAACUGAUCCAUCCAAACAAUAUCUUGUUCAUUGGUAUUUUUUUGUUCAACGACUAAUUAUUCACUAAGCAUAUAUAUAUAUAUAUAUAUA